AUGGUGUCACUUCAGCGAAUCGAUAAUUUUAUCAAUGGAAAAUUUGUACCGGCUGAAAGUUAUUUAGAUAGUUUGAAUCCAAGUACGGAAGAAGUUAUUGCUCAAAUAGCGGAUGGUUCAGCAGAAGAUGCGGAUCGAGCUGUGCAGGCAGCCCGACAAGCAUUCCCUUCAUGGAGUCGUGAAACUGCCGGCAGACGUGCACAUUAUUUAAAUCGAAUAGCUGACUUAAUUCAAGCACGUUUAGAAGAUUUCGCACGUGCUGAAUCCUUAGAUCAGGGCAAACCAUUAUGGCUAGCUCGCACUGCUGAGAUUCCACGUGCUAUUGAAAAUUUCCGAUUUUUUGCCACAGCUCUAAUGCAAAGUCGUGAAAGUUUCACUCCACAUGGAACAGUACCGAAUGUUAUUAGUUACACAACUCGUACACCCAUCGGAGUUGCACUGUUAAUCAGUCCAUGGAAUUUACCAUUAUACUUAUUAACAUGGAAGAUCGCUCCCUGGUAUGCUUGCUCAAGUCUUCAUUGA